GCCACAUUGUAUUGAACUGUCGAUACACAUUCCGCAAGCAGAUGCAACAGCUCGGCAGGCUGGCAGCAGCCGAGACGCAGAUGGUGCUGUUGACAGCAACGUUGCCGCCGACGGAAGAGGACGAGCUGUAUCGACGAAUGCAUUACGAGCGGAAGCAGGUCAAGAUGUUCAGACAACCAACCACCAGGACGAACGUGGCGUAUCAGACCAUCAAGAUCAGCUAGUCUGCGAAGAAGAAGGACGUUGAGUCAAUGGUCGUUAAGACAGUGCGGCAGAAGAUGCAGAAGUAUAGGACAGGUAAGCUCAUCGUGUACGGCAACUCAAAGCCAAAGGUGAAGGCGUUGGCAGAGCAAUUGGAUUGUCACGCGUAUCACGCGGAUGCCGUGGGCAAGCCAACCAUGUUGGCGGACUUCAUGGCAGGCAAGCAGCGCGUGAUCGUAGCAACGAGCGCGUUGGGCAUGGGCGUGGACAUACUGGAUGUACGGUGCAUCAUUCACAUCGAUUGGCCGUUCACCAUGUUGGAUUACGCACAAGAGAGCGGCAGGGCAGGCCAGGACAGGUUGCGAAGCGAGGCGGUUUUGAUAGUUCAGGAUAGGAAACAACGCACCAACAACAACAGGACAGAAGCCGAGCGGCAGAUGGUGAGGGAGUAUGUGGAAGGUGGCGAGAGCGGGGCGGUUAGCUGCAGGAGGGAAGUGUUGGACAGGUAUUUAGAUGGGAGGAAGGAUCGAGCAGGGUGUAGAGAGGAGGACAACAAGGAGAUGUGCGACGUGUGCCAAGGGAUAGACGGGCAGUUAGAAG